UUUACUGCGUACAGAACAUUUCUCAAGUUGUCAUUGUUGGAGUACAGCCGUGAAUAUAUCACAACAACAUGCAAAACGUUAAAAUAUAUCAAAAAGAAGCGCAAUUCGGAUUCUCAAUCAAAUACGACGAAUUUUAUAAAGAACACGUUACAUCCGAAAUUGUUUUGGCUACUGUCCCAUGGAAAGUUAAAGUUACAAAGAGAAUAGACAAUGGUGAAGAUGUGAUCGAUUUAUUUCUGGUGUGCUCACCGGGUGUUGUACCAAACACACAGGAAUGGUUUUGUGAAGCAAAUAUGACGGCCACACUGUGUUCAACUACAACGGAUCAACAGUCGUUCAGAAAGAGUCUUACAAAGGUUGCAUUCAAAAGAGGCGAAGAAUGUCAUGGACUUGCACCUUUUAUCAAGUUAACUGACAUGGAACCAUACAAGCGAAACGGACAAGUUUUUUUUGAAGUUCAAUUAUCAGUUAAUCCGCUAAAAACACGCAGCCAAGCACAAAUCCUGCAAAAACGCUCGAUUUUCCAAUUUACACUCGAUGAUGUGAGUAAAUUCAACACAACGCACAGUGUUGACGUAUCUGUUGGUGGUACGAAUUGGAGCGUAUUUCUCCAGAAAACAAAGCAUACUGAUAUGAGCGAUUAUUUGGGAUUCUUCCUGCGUGAUGAAAGGGAUUCACAGGAUGAUAACUACUGGACAUGGCUCACAAAGUGUUCGUUCAAAUUGCUUUCAUUUGAUGAUGGCAACAUCCAUCCGCGCGAAUACAAAGUGGAACGUACUUUCUACUCUAAGGGUGAUGAUUGGGGCUUCCCCAAAUUUAUAGCUUGGAAUGAUUUGAUAAAUCCAGCAUACAAGUACAUUCAAGACGACAAAGCUGUAUUCGAAGUAGAUUUGAAUGUUAGUCCAGCCAAACCAGUGUGGGAUUUUGGUCGCAAGCAGCCACAGCCAAGGCCAGAAAACGGUAUACUUGAAUGUUCAAUUUGUCUUCAAAAUAUCGUUGGACGUGAGCCUGUUUCAACAAAAUGUGGUCAUUGAACCAAACACACUCGAAUGGUUUUGUGAAGCAAAGAUGACGGCCACACUGUGUUCAACUACAACGGAUCAUCAAUCGUUCAGGAAGAGUCUGGCAAUGGUCGUAUUCAAAAAGGACGAAAAAUCACAUGGAUUAAGACCAUUCAUCAAGUUAGCUGAUAUAGGACCAUACAUGCAAGACGGACGUGUUUUUUUCGAAAUUCAAUUGUCAGUCAAUCCGCUGAAAACACGCAGCCAAACACAAAUCGAAACGAAACGCUUGAUAUUCCAGUUCACCCUCGAUGAUGUGAGUAAAUUCAAUACAAAGCACUGUGUGGAUGUGUCUGUGGGUGGUACAAAGUGGAGCGUGCGUCUCAUGAGAAAGCAACACAAUUUGGCGGUCGUCCUGCGUGAUGAGAGGAAUGCACAAGAUGACAACUGGACGUGGCACGCAAAGUGUUCGUUCAAAUUGCUUUCGUUUGAUGAUGACAACAUCCAUCCGCACGAAUACAAAAUGGAACGUACUUUCUAUUUUGAAGGCCAUUGUUGGGGCUUCCCCAAAUUUAUAGCUUGGAAUGAUUUGAUGGAUCCAGCAAACAAGUAUAUUCAAGACGACAAAGCUGUGUUCGAAGUAGAUUUGGAGGUUAGUCCAGCCAAACCGGUGUGGGAUUUUGGUCGCGAACAGCCACAGCCAAGGCCAGAAAACGGUAUACUUGAAUGUUCGAUUUGUCUUCAGAACAUCGUUGGACGUGAGCCUGUUUCAACAAAAUGUGGCCAUCUCUUCUGCAAAGCCUGCAUCAGACAAUCCAUUCAGGAGAACAACAGAUGCCCAAAUUGUAAUGCUGAUGCCGUUUUGUUGGAUUUGCGUCCUAUCUACCCUUGAAGCCGAUAUUGCAAUUUUGAUGCUGGCUCACAUGAUUUGGCAUCUACUAUUCAACAUGAACCAUUACUGGCUAUCCAGUCUAGCUGUUGAUGACACAUUUUUGAAAUUCAUAUUUCUCAAUAAUAUCUUACUUUUCAUCGUGAAUUCGUACCAAUCGUAAACGUAUCAUAAAUCAAAAUUAAAUAUCAGAAUAUUUUAUUUGAAAUAAGUGUAG